AUGGGAGCGUUUCAGCCACCUGCAAACUGCAAUUUGAUCAAGAAUCCAACCGACAACCUCCCAGGAGUGAGACAACAAAAGCCUCUGUACUUUGUGUCCUACAGGGGGAGUAUCUUCAGCAAUUUUUUGGUUCCUAGAGUGGAGCUCGUGCGGUCGUCCGGACACUUGAGAGCCUUUCCAUCGGCGCGCACACCUCAGCCUCGGAAAUUCACACUCCGCACAGCUCCACCGGCUGAUUUUCCACAUCCCAAUCAGAUAUUCAAAAAUGGAGUUUAA